GUGAUGUCACAGUUCAAGUCCUGUGAUUUAGUGGCAGCUAUGUUCUAAUAAAUGAUGUUAUCAUCUAGAAUACACAUUUACAAGUGUAAAUAAAUAAAUAAUUAAACUUAAAAUAAACAAGAGAUUAAUAAUCACUUAUCAGUUUUUUUUCAGUUAGUAUAAGAUUCUCCCCGAGCUGUUUGUUGGUUCCUGUCGCUUUAAGGGGGGACGAAGAGGAUUGUGGGAUUACUACAAGAUGGCUGCGCCCUGUGCAAUGUCAUGUUAGAAAUAGAAAUAUAGAGGAAAAAACUCCAAAAACAUUCACAUCUUUAUUCGAACCUCAAUCAGAAAUAAUUUCUUGAUAAUUCCUUUUUAAUUUAAAAGAAUCGACUUGGACAGGAGAAUCAUGGCCAGUCUGUUUGCUCUGUUUAGACCUGGUCUGUCAACUUUCAAGCCGCUGGCGUCGAGGGAAUUCUCCACAGGAUCAUCGUGUUUAAUCAGGAUGCACGCCAUCCCUGAGCCCAAACAGAUAGACAGGUGGACGGAGAAGAGAAACAUGUUCGGAAUAUACGACAACAUCGGAAUUCUAGCGGGUUUCCGUGCCCACCCGAAGGACCUGAUCGUGGCCCCAGUCUGGCUGAAGGGCUGGCGUGGGAACGAACUGGAGCGUUGCAUCCGCAAGAAGAAGCUGGUGGGAGACCGCAUGUUCACAGAGGACCAGCACAACCUGAACAAGAGGAUCAAGUUCCUGUACAGGAGAUUCAACCACUACGGCAAGCAUCGCUGAGCAGAGCAAUACAGCAAGCCAGCACCGCCCGCUCUGUAUUCUGUUACAAAUACUGAAAGAAACGUUAUAAAUUCCAAUUGAACUCAACAGGUUUCUUUUAGUAUUUCCAAAUAUAGACUCCCUGCUUCGUCAACACGGCUGCUGAUGUUUGCAGGUUACAGGGUUAUAUUUAUUCAAAUAUGUCUUUCUCUGUGUCUUCAGUGUAAAUUCAACGACUAAUGUUUCCACUGGAAGUCUUUCUCAGUGUCUUCAGUGUAAAUUCAAUGACUAGCGCCUCCACUAGAAGUCUUUGACAAUGUUUUGAAGAUAUUGCAUGUAUCCCAAUUUCUAAAUGCAGCACUGUUGACUGUG